AUGCCCUUCACUUCUUCAACUGGGCCUCCAACCACAACCACUACUCCCACACACUCUUCUGCUACGCUGCCAUCACUGACCUCCUGCUCUCUCACUCCCUCUCCACCACUCCAACUGACUCUCCGACAACCUCAUCAGCAUGUUCAUCAACGCUCUCGGCCACCGCGGCAACAUCAGGGGCACCAUUCACUGGUUCCAUGGAGCGAAUACCUUCACAAAGGACACUGCGUGUAUUCCUGCAACGCCAUAUUGGGUGUCCUCAUGAGGGCCAAUUGUGUCAACAUUGCCAAGGCCAUCUACGAUCAGGUUCUCACAGAAGCUGUAUUGGAACUUGAUGUUUACACUUAUACUACCAUGUUUUGUGGGUUAUGCAAAGUAGGCAUGGUCGAGAGUGCACGCAAGGUGUUCGAGGAAAUGGUUAGUCAUGGGAUGAAUCCAGAUGUGAAAGCGUAUCGGGUUGUCGUCGUCAAUGAGUAUUGCAAGAUUAGAAAACCAAGUGAAGCAGUGUUGCUUCUGAGGGAAAUGGUGGUGAGGGGUGUUAAGCCAAGUAUGUCAAGCUUCAAUGCAGUGUUUAGAGUUCUUGUGGAUGAGGGGAAGCUUAAUAAAAGAGUUAUUCUUUUGAAGCAGAUGCCUAAGAUGGGAUGUUCGCCCAACUUCUUGUUUUAUUGCACAAUGAUAUGUGGUCUUUGUAAAGUGAAGGGUAGGAUGCAACAAGUUGAAGAGCUCAUUUUGGAUAUGCUUCAGAAUGGGCAUAACCUGGAUGCCACUAUGUAUAAUUGCUUACUCGCAGGAUAUUGUCAAGACAGGGAUGAAGAAAGGACACCAAAGAUAGUUAUGACAUAA